AUGGCUUACCCUAAGUUGUUAUUGAAGAGAUUGGAAAUAUUUGCAGCCUGGUCGGCUUAUAUGAUUGCUUAUUGUAGGAUGAACAAUUGCACAGGCGCACAUAGGGAUAUUAACAAGUACUUCAAAAGUGACAAUGUGAAUGCGUUGACUGAGGAUGAAGUAGAGAUUCAACCUGCCCAUGUUAAUGAAGUGGAUGAUAAGGAUGAAGAAUUGUUUAAAACACCAAUAAAUGUGACAAAAGUUGGCCAACUAGGUAAUGAAGGACUCAAAGAUUGGCAUAAUUUGCAUCGGUCUGUUAAAAGUCAUGAAGGAAAUGAGGAGCAUUUACGUUGCAUGACUAGUUGGAUUGAACUGGAAAAUAGGUUUCGAUCAAAAACUACAAUUGAUAAAAGCAUUGAAUUGUUGAUUGAUGCUGAAAGAGAACAUUGGAGACAUGUAUUAAAAAGGAUAAUCACUAUUGUUAAAAGACUUGCAAAAAAUACAUUGCCAUUUCGAGGAGAUGAUGAGAGGCUACAUGUUGAGAACAAUGGCCUAUUUAUACAAAUGGUCGAAAUGGUUAGUGAAUUUGAUCCAGUAAUGCAAGAGCACCUUCGGCGAGCUAAAGCAAAAGAGAUUCAAUAUACAUAUCUUGGCAAAAAAAUUCAAAAUGAGUUGAUACAGUUGUUGGCUAAUCAAGAGGAGCAAAUGUCUUUAAUUGUACGAUUUGUAGAUAAUUUGGCAAACUUACCUACAGUUCAAGAACAUUGGCUAGAAUUUUUGAAGGUAGAUGACACAACAGGACUUGGACUUGUAACCGAGCUUCAAAAGGCUUUGAUAAAAAUUGAUCUCGAUAUUGAUGACAUUAGAGGGCAAGGGUAUGACAACGGAUCUAACAUGAGCGGGAAGUACAAAGCUGUAUCCUUCUUCGGAGUGAUACAACACAUCUACAUAUUAUUUUCCUCUUCUACCAAGCGAUGGAAAAUUUUCAAAGAUAAUGUACAAGGGUUGACAGUGAAGUCAUUGUCACAAACACGUUGGGAAAGUCAUGUUGAAAGUGUGAAGCCUAUAAUGGAGCAAACUGCACAGAUAAGAAUUGCAUUACUUGAUUUAGCAGAAAGUAAUGAAGAUCCUAAAGUGAAGAGUGAAGCCGAGUCAUCAGCAACACAUGAACUUCAAAAUUUUGAGUGUUUGUUUAGCAUGAUAAUCUGGUACAGAUUGUUGCAUGCUGUGAAUAUUGUGAGUAAAUUUCUUUAA